AUGACUGACUCUGGUAAAAAUAUUUUCCGAUAACGAUCAUGAGACGACAUCCUAAUGUGCAACUGAGUGCGACGAGAUUUCCCCACCUCGUAACGAACAAUAAAAAAAGUAGCAUAGAGAAGUAAUCGAUUCCCACGAAAGUUUGCCGACCUCAACGACCUUCCGAUAAGUUUUUUCGGAGGAUCCGGAAACAGUCUGACCGUCUCAAUGAUACGGAUUUUUCUGCUCAGGCAGUACGACAGCAUCGAUGGCGCUCCUUUUGUCUUAACUCCAGAAAAGUCAGCCCGCUGAUGCUUGCAGGACCAUCUGGAGCAGGAGAGUAUCUGAUACCAAAGUUGCUCUGGAUGAAGAAUAAGGACGGAAUAAAAAUGAAUCUGGGAGUGAAAUAGGUGGUUUUGUUAAUAGAAUCGGAUGUAUAUUAUACUCUCGUGCUUUGUCGGAACAGAACUGAUGGACUCUAAUAGUGAUCAUAAUUGCUGGCCUGAAAGCGACAGGUCAACAGUCACAGAGUCAGUCGAAAGCGGAGAUUGUCACAAAUAACAGCUAUGUCCGUAAAAUCUCCCGUCGCAAUAAUACAUACAUACCUGAUGAGGGACAUAUUCAACGACAAAUCGACCUAAAGACUGCAUGUGCGACCUGCACCAUUUUUCACUUUUAUUUCCUCGAAGUCUCUCGUAUUUUUGGUACAAAGAGACGAAAAAGAAUGUUGGUCGUCACUGGGCGACGAAUUUGAAACAAAAACCCAAAUCGAUGUUGGUAGUUUGUUUGAAUUACACUGUACAACAUAUUCACAAAUGAAAAAUUGUGAUAGCCGAAGUCAAGUUGAUUUGCCAUGAAUUGUCCCAUAUAUAUUCGCAUAUCUUUGGGUUUUGCACGACUACGUGGUUAUACGUAUUUAUAAGUUUAUCAAAUAUCAUACCUAUACUGUUAUCGUUUUACAUUGUUUUAAAUGUUUAUUGUAUAAUAAAUUGUAAUAUAGUCGUUGGGCAAAUAAAGCUCGUUUUCUAUUAACAGCUAUCGUCGCGAUCUCAAUAUAUACGGAUAUUUUUUACGGAGUUUAUAUGGUAGUCACCCCAUAUGGUAGUUAGCUCUGCAAGCGAAAUUUUUCAACAGGAACAGAAUAAAUAUUGCCCAAAUUAAUUGUCGUGAAACGAUAAACUCAAGUUAUCUACAAUUUUUAAAGUAAAUUUCACUAAAAAGGGUCCAGCUUUUUAUUAAUAAUUAACAAACCGACGUAAUUAGACUAAUUGUCGAACCCCCAAGCCGUUCACUCCCCUACAACCCCUCUAUUCUGAGGACUUGAAAUGAAUUAAAUAUUUCGGGAUAAUCAAAUUUCCCAUAUAUCGCAAUGAACCAGCUUUUAUUGUUGUGAAAUACAAUUGAAUACUUCUAUGUAAUAUCUAUAAUGACCGUCGAGUGCAAAUUCUGCACUUUAAUAAUCGAAAUUACGAGUAUAAAGUUUUUCCAGUUCCAAAAACUACUGCCGCAGAAUUUAAUUCUCCUAAUGCCACCGUGCCAGAGACUAAAAGAUUCAUAUUACAUGUUUCUAUAGGUACAUAUAACAAGGAUUUCGCAGAUUUGACGAGAGGAUAAGCGCUUGGAAACAAAAGGAAUAAUAAUAAAAAGAAAAAUGGAAAUAACACAACUGCAAAACCACUUAACGUGAAAAUCCCAUCUCAGUCGAAUUUAAAGGCUCAAGAGUGGUGUGAAGAGCAGCUCUCCUCCCUCUCGAGGAAAAAAAGGAAUAUAUUCUAAAGAAUGGUAGAGGAAAUAAACGUGGUAGUAAAAGAGCCGAAGACAUUUAAACAACAGCUAAAACCGAUAAUUUAUUUAUCAUGGCUCAUGGGGACCGGGAUGUGCAGACCAGAUGACUGGCGAAAACUUACAACAUUAAUAAAGCUUUUUCACUUUACGAUGUGCUCAGUUGUGGUGACUUAUGGGAUAAUAGAUUUCUUCACGAUCGGUACCAUUCUGAAAAGUGAAAUGUUCAAAAUAAUGUACUACACGAACAAAGCGGUGGUAUACGUGACCUCAUACUACUACGUUUUUCUCGGUGUUUUUCAUUACAAAAAAUGGAAGAGAUUUGUUGAACGAAUCGAUUUAUUGGAUAAGAAAAUACAUCGGGAAAUAUCUAUGAAAAAUCGAUCUACUAUAGUACACCAAAUCAUGGCUCUGGCAGUUACCGCACUGAUAGGACCGCUUUCCCUCAUCUCUCAUGUUGUCUAUUAUUAUUUUGUUGAUCCAUCUCUGAUAUUUGCGUCCGAUGUACUUCUCUAUUACACCAUAGCUCAAUCACUGUCGACAAAUUUUUGCUUCGAUGUAAUCGUAUUAGCUGUUUAUCAGAGAUUCAAAACAGUGAAUAGAAUCAUAAAACAAAUUGGGGACUCUUAUACCGCGCCUUGGAUCGUCCUGAAGAUCCAGAGGCUGAAGGAAGUGCAUUAUGGAAUCUGUGGUCUCGUCGGCAUCGUGAAUAACGCUCAUGGAAUCCACUUGCUUUUGAGUUCAGCGAAUUCGUUCAUGAUGGUGGUAGCUACAUUGUUCAGGAUCUACAUAGGGGUUGUAGAAUCACAGUUUGGAUUUAUAAUGAUAAACAACGUCAUCUGGAUUGUAUAUGCCAUGCAAUUUGCGCUCAACUGUUACGUCUGCACAAUUACAUCUCGUGAGGCAGCAAGGACUGGAAUUUUGAUUCACGAAGUUGGGCUGAAAAACAACCAACUGACAAACAAGCGUUUGUAUGGCGGCAGCAUCGCUGGGAGUAGACGAUCUUUGAGUUAUCAACCGGAAACAAAAACCUACGAAGGCACCUGCAUCCAAAAUGAAAUAAUGCAGUUUUCUUCUCAGCUUCAGCAAAACCAAGUAGCUUUCAGCGCCUGCGAAUUUUUCGUACUUAACAACUCGCUUUUUCAAGGAUUUAUUGGCGUGAUAACGACCUAUCUAAUUAUUCUGAUACAAUUUUAUCGCCCCCCGGAGAACAACGAAAAGUUGCAGACAAUUCCGGAAAUUGCGACACUCAAUGUCACUGAACCGCAAUUCUCUAUCGGCGAUUAGAUAGAGUUACUACUUG